AUGUACUUUCUUUACGGUCUGUUUUCUUCUUCACAUCUCAACAAGUUCACAUACUACUUAUUUUUCUUCUCUCACUUUGAGUAUUCUUUUUUAUUAAAAAAAACUAAAGUAUAUUAUAAUUUUUACUAUGGGAAGACCACCUUGUUGCGACAAAAAUGGACUUAAGAAAGGGCCAUGGACUACAGAAGAAGAUCAAAAACUCAUUGAUUACAUUCAAAAACAUGGCUCUGGAAAUUGGAGGACACUUCCUAAAAAUGCUGGGCUUCAAAGGUGUGGAAAGAGUUGUAGGCUACGUUGGACUAACUAUCUAAGGCCAGAUAUUAAAAGGGGGAAAUUCUCCUUUGAAGAAGAAGAGACAAUCAUCCAUUUGCAUAGUAUUCUUGGAAACAAGUGGUCUGCCAUUGCUGGUCGCUUGCCUGGACGGACUGAUAAUGAAAUCAAGAACUACUGGAAUACACACAUUCGAAAAAAGCUUCUGAGAAUGGGAAUUGAUCCAGUGACUCAUAGUCCUCGUCUUGAUCUUCUUGAUCUUACUUCCAUUUUUAACACUUCACUCUACAAUUCAUCUCAAGUGAAUCUUUCAAGGUUAUUAGGUGUACAAUCCCUAGUAAAUCCUGAGAUUUUGAAAAUAGCCACUUCUCUCUUUUCUUCCCACCACCAAAACCAAAACCAAAAUUUCUUAUUGCCAAGUAAUUUUCAAGAAAAUCAACUAUGUAAUUCCCAUGUCCAAAACCAAUUGUCCCAAUUUGUCCAAACUAGCCAAAUUCAAACCCCUAUUCAAAAUAUUCCAUCUCUUCCAUUUUAUGGCGAAGCUCAAGUCAUGCAACAACCUAAUGUGGAGCAAUUCUCAUCAAAUAUUUCUAAUUUUAGUUCACAAAAUUGCCAAUUAAGUGAGUGGCAAAAUUUUACCUUUGAAUCUCUUUUGUCAACUUAAUCAACACCUUCAUCAAGUCCAACUUCAUUGAAUUCGAACUCAACAUGCAUCAAGAGCAGCAGCACUAUAAUUUCUGAAGAAGAGAGGGAAAGCUACUGCAGCAGCAUGUUGAAUUUUGAUAUUUCAAAUGGCUUGGAUGUUAAUCAUGAUUUUUUUUAAUUUACUCUUUCAUAAAGUUCCACUCAAAGAUUUAGAAAAAAAGGUGUUUCUUGUUCGCUUAGCCUUGGACAUAUUGUUGUUUCCUUUAUUUGUUAAAAAAAAUAUUAACUUCACUACUGCCUGAGUGGAAAAUGGUCAUUCUUUUGUUUUUUUGCUUCAAAUUAAAAGGUCUCCAUACAAUAGGAAUAUCUUGUCAAACUUUGUAUCCCUUGUUUUGCCCUUUUGUUUUCAAAUGAUUCUUGAGCGGAGGAUCUAUCACAAAUAGAUUC